AUGUUGAAUUCCAAGAAAUAAAUUAAACUUCAGCUUCAACGUGAAUAGAAGCCAUUCCCGAAUUUACAUGUGAUACAUAUUGAUGAAAACUUAUAACAAUUAUGCAAACUAAUUGAAAAUCAAUAAAGUUUUAAGACUGACAUAUAACAAUAAACAAAAAAAGUAUUAAAAACUAGUAAAACCAUAAUUACAACUAAUAAACAAUCCUCAUUAAUUAAAUUCAUAAUCCAAAAUAAAGCAAAGAUCUUUCAAUAGAAAGAAAACUAUUAACAAUCAGCAAUUUUCAAAAGUCUAAUUAUAAAACAGUCUUAACCAUUAACCAAACCUUUCAUGGGUUCUUGCAGAGAGAAAAAAAUCUACUCCGUACAAUAUCCUCGAAAACUAUCAACGAUUUAAAAUAAAAUUAACAAUUCCUUUUAAGACAUACAGAUAGGACCUUGGGAAGAAGAAUGA